CUGCCCUCCUUCCAUGCGGAAGGAGCUUCUCAAAUGAUAUACCGGCCCGGAAGAGACUACCUUCAGGACUUCCGUCGUCCGACUGGUAGUUCCAUCAUCCGGCACCCUCCGUCAUCGGCUGGUCCAGCCGUCCAUCUAGACCCUUAA